CUUAACAAUGGGUAACAUGAAACUGUGUUCUCUGAUGCUAUGCUUGUUGCCAUCGAUGUUGAUGCUUGGGGCCACAGCGCAACGAUGUGGUUCGCAAGGUGGUGGAGCACUGUGCGCAAAUGGGUUAUGUUGCAGCCAAUAUGGGUGGUGCGGGAACAGCAAUGAACAUUGUGGAACAGGUUGCCAGAGCCAAUGUCAACCUAGUGGCAGCGGCGAUGUCAGCAGCAUCAUUAGCAGUUCUCAGUUCGAAGAAAUGCUAAAACACCGGAAUAAUCAAGCAUGUCCGGGGCGUGGAUUUUACACCUACGAAGCUUUUCUCAGUGCUGCUAGAUCUUUCAGGGGGUUUGGCACAACAGGUGAUACCAACACCCGUAAAAGAGAGAUUGCAGCUUUCUUCGGUCAAACUUCUCAUGAAACCACAGGAGGGUGGCAAACUGCACCGGAUGGUCCAUACGCGUGGGGAUAUUGUUUUAUCAACGAACGGAACCAGAAUGUUUAUUGCAGUGGUGGAGGAUGGCCAUGUGCUCCUGGUAAAAGAUAUUACGGACGAGGACCAAUUCAACUCACACACAACUACAAUUAUGGGCUGGCUGGUAGCGAACUUGGAUUAGAUUUGACGAAUGAUCCGGAUCUAGUUGGAAGAGACAGACACGUAGCGUUCAGAACAGCCAUCUGGUUUUGGAUGAGGGCACAAGGAAACAAGCCGUCCUGCCAUAAUGUCAUUACCGGAGGAUGGACGCCAUCUAGUGCUGACACGAACGCCGGCCGGGUUCCCGGGUACGGUGUUAUCACCAACAUAAUCAACGGCGGACUGGAAUGUGGGCGCGGCCCGGAUGCUCGGGUCCAAAGUCGAAUCGGAUUCUACCAGAGGUACUGUCAAUUGCUCGGUGUGAGCCCAGGGAACAAUUUGGACUGCAACAAUCAAGCCCCGUUUUGAUUACUCCUAUCUCUGUGUUCCAUUUAUAUAAAGUGGGACACUAUUAUACCUCAAUAAACUGUAUUAUCAUGAAGGAAUGAAAUAAGAA